CACAGCAGCAGGUCUUUAUCUUCAUCUAAAAUCUCCUACGAUGACUAUAUAAUGGCAUGUUUAGAGAUAUAAUGUUCAGGUCUCAUGAUCCAGGCUCUGUAAAUGAGAAUGAUCCUUUGUGGAAGUGUGCUGUUGGUGGUUGGAUCUGUUUUGGUCCAUGCCACACACAACCCAGCUCUGGACGCAGCAUGGGAGGACUGGAAAUCAACCCACCAGAGAGAGUACUUCGGUUGGGGUGAGAUGGCCAUCCGCAGGACCAUCUGGGAGACGAACAUGCAGCUGAUUGAGGCGCACAACCAGGAGUAUGAGCUGGGGAUCCACUCCUACGAGCUGGGCAUGAACCACCUGGGGGACAUGACAAUAGAAGAAGUUGUGGGGAAGAUGAUGGGAUUCAGACCUGACAUGCAGGAAGGGAGCAAUGACAACAGAUUUGUCCCUGAGGCGAAACCACUGCCCCGCAUCAUUGACUACCGAAAAAAAAGGGGCUAUGUCACCUCUGUCAAGCAACAGGGCUCCUGUGGCUCCUGCUGGGCCUUUAGUGCUGCUGGAGCUCUGGAGGGCCAGCUGAAGAAGAAAGGGAAGAACCUGGUGGAUCUGAGUCCCCAGAACCUGGUGGACUGCGUGGGGAAGAACCAAGGGUGCUGUGGAGGUUACAUGACCAACGCAUUCAACUAUGUCCGCAAUAAUGGCUUAGCCUCUGACAACGCAUACCCAUAUACAAACAUGGCAGGAAAGUGUAUGUACAAUAACUCUAUGAAGGUAGCCACAUGUAAAGGCUACAAGAGCAUUGACAAUGGGGACGAGGCGGCCAUGGCUGCAGCUGUAGCUCAGAACGGCCCCGUCGCUGUGGCUCUUGAUGCAAGUCAGCCAACAUUUCUUUUCUACAAUCGAGGUGUGUACACUGAUUACUACUGCAAUCCUGGCCAUUUAACUCAUGCAGUCCUUGUAGUGGGGUACACCGAAAACGCCUGGAUUGUGAAGAACAGCUGGGGCAAGACAUGGGGAGAUGGAGGCUACAUCUACGUUAAGAAGGGUAACAAUGUCUGUGGCAUUGCCAACAUGGCCAGUUUUCCAGUUGUGUGAAGAUUUCUUUGCAGCGAAAAAUCCAGUGAUUCCCUGCCAAUUUAAAAAAAAAAGAAAUGAUGACGUCCAUUAUGUCUUUGUGCAUCUUUAAAUAAAAUAUAUGCUUUGCUUACUGUA